AUGGUGGAGACGCUGGGGGAGUUGCCACCGACUCCCAUCUCUCCAUUUCUUCCCUCUGUUUCCCUCCCAUCCCACCCUUCCGUACAGGUGGCUGACUUUGGGUGUGCGAAGCUGAUCAAGCAAACCAUCCUAGUAGAGGAUCCCACCACGGGGGAGAUGGUGGAGACGCUGGGGGAGAACGUGGAUGUGGCCAUGGGCACGCACGGGCACAUGGCUCCUGAGAUAUUGAUGACUGGGGAAAUCAGCGCUGCUACUGAUGUGUACAGCUUCGGAGUGGUGUUGCUGGAACUACUGAGUGGCAGAGUGCCCGUGUUUGAAGACGGCACGAUGCUGACGCAUUGGGCGAUAUCGCUGGGUGGUGCCGGUCACAUGGCAUUAGGGAUGGUGGUCGUGUUGCAGGAGAUUCUGAGAGGCAGAGAGGCGGUGUUUGGGGAUGGCACGCUGCUCACACAUUGGUUGAGCCAUGCCAUUCCUGAAGGACAAGAGGCCACACCAUUCUUGAAGGACAAGAGGUGGGAUGAGCUGAUAGAUCCUUCCAUGCUUGCCGGUCACACGCCAGAAGGGGGAGGAGGCGAAGGAGGAGUGACAGGUGGCACCGGCGCCGGAGCCAGUGCCGAUGCUGAUGUGGCCCUGCCCAGGGUGGCUGCCACGUCAGCGUUUGCUCGGUGCGCUGAGCUGGCGGAGUCGUGCAUCCAGUUUGACCCGCUGAUGCGGCCGAGCAUGGAGGACGUGGCACACACCCUGCAGGCGAUCCAAUUAGAUAAGGAAAACCCCUCCCUAUUCUCUCAGCCUAUCAGGCGUUCGGACGAGGCUCGGAUUGUUCGAAGAAACUCACAGGAAGGUGGUGGGGUUGAAAGAGGAGUGAGCGGUGCAGAUGGGUGGGAUGAGAUGAUUGAGGCAGACAAAGAAGGGAGAGAGGGGAGAGAGGGGAGAGAAGGGAGAGAAGGGAGAGAGGGAAGGGAAGGGAGAGAGGGAAGAGAGGGGAGAGAAGGGAGAGAAGGGAGAGAAGGAAGAGAGGGGAGAGAAGGGAAAGGACAGCGGGAGAAAGGAGAGGUGAGGGACAGAGAAACGGGGGGGAAGACCGACAGAGGGGCGAAAAGGGAGAAAGGGGAGAGGCGGAAGGAGAAGGAUAAGAGCAGGAGCGGACCAAUGGCUUUGGAAGGGAAUAGAGUACCCCACUAG